CUCUUGUGUUUCUACUCCGUCAACCUGCCUUAAUUCGUCCCACAUCGUGUGCAAGUCUCAGCGGUGCGGAACGACAUCCUGAUGUCAGUGUGAUCUCGAGCAACUUUCCACUGCGCUUGGUGUCCAUAUACGCGGCCGCUUCUUGUCUUUUUGAGUCCCUCCUGGGUCCCUCCUGGGUCCCUCCUGGGUCCCUCCUGGGUCCCUCCUGGGUCCCUCCUGGGUCCCUCCUGGGUCCCUCCUGGGUCCCUCCUGGGUCCCUCCUGGGUCCCUCCUGGGUCCCUCCUGGGUCCCUCCUGGGUCCCUCCUGGGUCCCUCCUGGGUCCCUCCUGGGUCCCUCCUGGGUCCCUCCUGGGUCCCUCCUGGGUCCCUCCUGGGUCUCUAGGCAGAGCCCCGCGCCAUCAUGGAGGUUCUCUCCGGUGUAUCGAGCGGUUUUGCCGUCGUGUCAUUAGCUCUACAGCUUGCCGAAAAGGUCACCAAAAUCCACGACUUUUGGCGCUCCGUGAGAGACGCCCCCGACGAGCUGGGAUCCAUCGCCGCGGAGCUUGAGUUCCUCGAGAGAGUAUACAUCGGCAUUGCCCACAACGCACAGCGAGAAACGAUCGACCCGAUUCUCACGAAAGCCUUGGAAGACGGCCAGCAGGAAGUGACGCGUUUCGAGGCGCUGGUCAGCCCUUUGCGCAAACGAUGCGAAACCGAAAGCAAACUCAAACGAAAAUGGGCUUCUAUUGUUGCGGGUGUAUGGAGGAAAGAGGAAGUAGCCGAGUUUCGUAACUCAAUCUCGCGUACCAAGAGUACGCUGCUCAUGGCCUUGCAGGCUUCCGCUCGACACCGAUCAGUAUCGGACUCUGCAAACCAGACACGUAUGUUGGCCACGCUGGCAGAGAACUCGGCUUCUCUGGGAACGGGCCAGAAAGACAUCAAGGUUGCCAUUGGCGACCUAAGUCAGAAAACAGGAUCCUUAUCCUUGGAAUUGACAUCCCACUUCUCGUCUGUAUCAAGCCAAUCUUCUGAUAUCAAAGAGAUCAAGGAGCAGCUCGCUGGCAUGCAGUCCUUUUUAAUCGCCCAUAUGGCCCACAGCUUCCCUGGAAUUGUACGCGUCCAGCUUGCGGAGAGCAUGAAGAACGAAGUUCGAGAGUUCGAGAGGGACGCAUUCUCGAGCGACAACGCCAGUUCUACAGAUUCUCCUGCAUCGAGCGGGGCGAGCAAAUCUGAUAGCAACACGCUCGAAGCAAGCACACAAAACGAGGUCGGUCGAAGGGAGAAGACCUCAAGCAUUACCUACCGAGCCUUAUCUCGCCAUCACUACAGGAAAACAGUGUUUGGAACAUUCGUCAUCCGACUUAGGAUGUCUGCGAUGUAUCAAAGUGCAGACCCACAGGCGGACAGAACAUCAUACACGAUCUCGUUUUAUCCAGCGCACUGGCUGGUUUGGUGUGGGGUUCGGUACGGGAUGCAACUGUCACUUCUUCAGUCCAUGGGCGGGUGGACACGCAGACUAGAGCCUCUUCGUAUGGUUAGGGACGAUGCACUCGUUUUCAAGCUCUGUCGGGAAGGUAACAUCGGCGCGAUUCGCACUCUGAUCGCCAAGGGAGAGGCUUCAGCGCGAGAUAUAACUCCCAAUUGGAACAUGCCACUUCAUGAGGCGGCUUACCACGGACAUUUUGAGCUGUGUGUUUAUCUCAUCUCAGAAGGCGCUGAUACAUUUGGUGUGCCAUUUAAUUCGCCGCUCAUUUCCCACUUAUUUGGCACGAACGAGCUACACAGAUGCAUCGACCUCAAGUUCUUUGAACUUUUCGAAGGCCAUUUGGAGGCCAUUCCUGAAAUGAAACUUGACACGUCAACAUUUACUUACUUGCUGUUUUGCUAUCCGCUAGAGAACAUCACGGCAUCUGAAACUUCGGAUCGUCAUUGUGAUCUUCUUUGCGAAUUGUUUCGCCAGUAUCCGGUUCCGAUUCAACAGAUUAUACAACAUGCCAAUGACGCAUCGCGACGGGGUAUCUUGGAAUUCAGCGCGCGAUGCUCGUUUGGGGCGUUUCGCGAUAUCCUUAGCCUGGACGAAGCUUUCCUUGAGCCUGUGACUGACAGACUAUCCUUUUUGGAAUUACUGGCAGAAACCGAUUGGGAUGAGUCAGAGAUGACUGCAAGGCUCCAGUUUCUGCAGAAUCGGGGUGUCGACCUUUUGCCCGUCUCUAAAAAAUACUCCGGCCCCCUGUUCAAAGCAGCCCGCAACCCUGACUGGUUGAGAACUUGGGUUGCAUCAUUACGAAACUGCGGCAAGAGUGUUCAUGAGAUCGUAACUGUCCAACUGUCAGCUUCCACCCCUCUUCUUUACCAAGGAGGAUGGGAAAGCGAAACGUUGCACCAUCUGCUGGAUGUUUGCAGGGGGUUGCCAGUCAUUGGGGCACAAUUCAGGCUCUGUAAAAUGUGCCGUUGUGAUCUUGCAGAAGGGUUUUUAGGGUUUUUAUCGUACCAACCCUGGUGGAUUGUCAUAGGGGCCGGCUUGUUGAGGCAGAAAUGCAUCUGCCGUUUGUUGAGUCUCGUAGGAAGCUCAUACCGAAACUUGUGUCCACGUCAGGAGCACGAGUGUGAUUUCGGAUCGAACAACAUCCUUCGUGACGCGGUGGACGUUGAAUAUUUGAGCAUGGAAGGUGGGGCCGAGGCAGACGACGAAGAACAGGACACAAUUGAUGAGGAGUGGGAAACAGAGUACGAGGAUGGGCAAUCAGAAGACCAAUGCAAGUGGAAACCAGGCGAAUGGAUAUGUUGGAAAUGUGAUCGGCGUUUGCAAGAUUCCGAGAGCAAAGUUGCGGAGGACACGGAGCUGAAAAUCCCGGGCUCUUUUGUUCAUUGAUCUCGGAGACAGGCCGGUAAUUGCAUCCUUCGCUGCAUGACUCCGACGGAGAAAACGGAGGUUCAACAGUUGUGAGCUGCUAAAAAUGACUUUUAAGAAGUGCAAGGAUGAAAAGCCUGAGAGUUUAGUUGUAAAGAGAAAUGAGAUUCAUUUA